AUGCCUUCCGAGGAACAGGACAAUCAUCCGAGAACUCAACAGAGGAACAACGGUGCCGAGCUAGAAGCCCUGCCACCUGGCUUGCUGGCCAACUGCCGAUUCCGCCACCCUCGAGGCUUCCACGAGAACUCAGAUCAUACGGACAUCGCUCUCCUCGACGAGAACAGCCCACACCUUUACACAAUGUACAGCUACAUUCGCAACAUGAAAGGCCUAUACAUUCCUGCGAAGGUCAUCUACCUCUCCACGAAGAGAGUUCUACAUUCUCACAUACUGGUCAUCUAG